AUGCGUGUUGUGCAGCUAAACGUGAAGCGCUUUUAUGGAAAGGAGAACUCGUCGACCGUGUUUGCCAUCGCGGCAGCGCUUGCAGCACUGGAUCCACGUCCUAACUUCGUGUGCCUCAAUGAGGUGGAUGUUAAGCUUCAGCCUGGUGGACUUGAAAAGAUUGCAAGCUCGCUGGGACCAAAGUUCACGAUCGCUUUCUUUGGUCACGUCAGAGAUCGCUAUGGCAACGCGAUAAUAUCGAAUUUGCCGGUGCUGAGCACAAAAACCUUCCAGCAUCACAUUCGAGGAGGAAGUACAAUCAAACUCGAACCAGGUACAAAGAAAUUCAACGGCGAAAUCGCCAAGGAAGGUGACGUGCAUAGGAUAGCAAGGGGAAUGCUGGUGGUCGAAACUUCGUUACCGACAUCAGCGCUUCAGGCAGGGCAAAACCAGGAGAACCUCGGGACAUCACUCCGAAUAGCAUGCACGCAUCUUGAUCACAUCAGCAGUGAGCAGCGAAAGGUUCAGAUGGAGCACAUAUGCGAGCUGCUGCCCCCGAGGCCUGAUUGCACCGACCUACUCGUUGGGGACUUCAAUGCCCUGAUGCGGGAGGAUUACACAGACGAGCACUGGGAGAAUCUCAGGAGCCUGCAUGCAAGUCGAGGAUGGGGGGGACCUUAUUCCGGAGACCUUGCCAUUGUUCAGGAGCAUGGCUUCGUUGAUUGCCUUGAAAGCGCUAAACCUCUGUCUCCACUACACUUGACUGCGCACGUCGGGGAUCCUGCAUAUCGCCUUGAUUACUGCUUCCUCCGAGGACGCCACAUGAGGCCUGUGGGGAGCUUUGUGGAUCGAACGAUCGACUUCAGCGAUCACUAUCCUGUGAUCACAGACUUUGACCUUGUGCAAUGA